AUGCCUUCCACUUCAUCCGGGCGGAUUACAAAGACCCGAAAGGGCAAAUAUUCGACUCCUCACCAAAAGAACCACCGGUGGGAGUCCUUCGCAACCAAGAUCGCGAAGCUCAAUGCGCUCGAUCCCCUGCGAAAAGUCCGCCGACACGACCUCGAUGCCGAAGACCUCGAAUCCACGACAUCCUACUUCCGAACCGGCCUGCAGAAAUGGUCGGAGUUGAACAUCUACAAAGGCUUCUCAGACUUCAAGACGAAAGCCUGGCACAUGAGCGAGAGUCUGGCCCAGAUUCUGCACUUUGAGGAGAAGAUUUUCACGUUAUUAGCAGAGGCGCUUGCGAAGCAGGAGAAGGAGGCGUUGGAGCCGCUGCUGGAACUCCUCACAGCAUUCGCGCAUGACAUCGGCACAAGAUUCGAAAAGUACUACGCGAAAUCUCUAGACCUCAUUAUCGCUAUUGCCGCCAAGCCGCAGGACGCCGACGUUAUCGAAUGGACCUUUGCAGCGUUGGCUUUCCUGUUCAAAUACCUAUCAAGGCUAAUUGUGCCUAACCUGCGACCAACGUAUGAUGUCGUAGCGCCGCUGUUGGGAAAGGCCCGCCACCCUCCUCACAUUGCUCGUUUCUCCGCUGAAGCUUUGAGUUUUCUCAUCAAGAAGGCUGCCGCGCCAGCAAACCGAGAGACCGCUCUCGCCACAAUUGUCAGCCACGCAAGAGACGACCUCCGGAGUACCGUCGGCGAACGCUCAUUUCAGCUCUACCAAGAUGGCCUCAUGACCAUGUUCGCCGAGGCCAUGAAGGGCCCCGGCCAGACCAUUCACUCGACCGGCCCGGCCGUAUUCGUGUCUCUUAUCAAGGCGAUACCAGAAACGGAAGCGGAUCUCACACAGACUACAACUUGGACCGACUUGGUAUGUGGUGUUUUGACUAGCAUCAUACAUCACUCCAACGACAAGGACCUCGCCGACGUCCUUGAGGCGAUCCAAGAGCAAGCGAAGGCGGCUUUGAACGAAUCCAAGCCAAGCAAGACCUGGAAGUUUGUGCCAUUGAUCAGGGUUCUUGGGACAGCCGCAGGUGUUCGCCACGGAAAUAGAGUCAGCAACUGGCCCGUCCUCGUUGAAAAUUUGACCGCCAUGUUGGAAUCGAUGGCACAACACGCCCCUGAGGUGACGGAAGAUAAGCUUGAUCUUGUAUGGAAACAUGUCAUCGUCAACGCAGCGAUUGUCUGGCACCAAGCACCGAUUGAUGCCCUCAUUCCCUCGAUCAAGGACUUCAUGAAUGCUCUACAGAGGGAGAGGCUCAUGAGGUGGUACAUCCCAUUCUGUGCCUACUUCUCCAAUCUGGACUCGACACGGUUCCGGAGUAUAUUCCAGACGUAUUUCCAAAGAUUCAUCGUCAGCCACUGGUCCGAUGGCCAGAACGAAGAUAUGCUGUGUGUAUUCCUGCCCCGCAUGGUACAGAACGGAAGUCUUCCUUCGCCAGGAGCAAAGGAGACAUGCAAUCUCCCGCGUAGCUGGCAAGACCAGAUCGUGUCAAAGUUUGAGCGCCUCGAAAGCACACCUUUCCCGGAGCGCGGAGCGUAUGACAAGGACCCCCAAACAUGGAGAGAUAGAUGCUUGCCAAAGUACUCGGCCUUGUUGGAUCUCCUUUUCUCGACUACUGUUCACCCUUCGGCCAACGCGAAGAUCGCGGAACUCCUACUACGAAAGUUGAGGCUGGCGCUCAAGCCUUCCACCACACUGGCGUCGGACGAGGUUCAUUUCAGCAUCAGCCAAGGCUUCCAUGCGUAUUUACGAAUGAGCAAAGCUGCGGGUCCGGUUGAUCCAGCCUUAGACCCGCUCCUCCGCGCUGCUCUUCCCAGAUUCAGCCGCUCGGUUGGCUUCUUGGACGCCUACCUCACCUAUACUGAGCUUACACGAAACCAACCGUCGUCUGUCGACCGCCAGAGCAAUGAUAGCAGUGAGAGCUCAGAAGAAGAUCCGGUUGUCGAGGCUCUUAUUGAGAACCUGUCUGCCCCUUCGCAUGAGCUCCGUCUUGCAUCUCUGAAAAUUCUUCAGCAAUUCGAGUCACUUCCCGAUGAACACCAAAGCCUUACCCUCAUGCUGGACAUCGAGCACACGGCUCUGGAGCUUGCUAGCCUGAGAAACGUCGCGAUGCAUCUUCGCAAACUCGGCCAAAAUUACUCACAAUUGAGCGAGAAAUCUUGGCUUCUCAAGGCAAUCCCAUCUUUCAUGUUCGGCAUGUUGACUGUCAAGCUUUCGCCAUUAUGGGAUGAUACCAUCACAGCCUUGAAGCUGGUCGGCGCAACCAAGACUGGCGAAGAGGCUAUUACAAUGACUGCUUUCAGUUGGCUGGAGACUCCAUCUCCGAGAUGGUCUGGGCCAGUCAGCCAGCCCUCACUCCAGGGUCGGCAAGCGAUCACCGACUUUGAUUGCCGGCAUGUGCAAAAGCUCUGGAGCAUGGCGGAUGAGGUGGAGCAGGUGGUCAACAACGCCAUCGAUCUCAUGCUCCAGUCAUUUGACAAGCAGCAAGAGACUGUCGAUGCUCACGCUGGAAAUGCCCGGGCACAGGCACUUAAGGUGCUCACUGCAAUGCCUCACUUCGCUGAGAAACGUUCUCGCAAACUUGUACCCUUUUUCCUGGCCUGGGCUGCCGUUGACGAAGACAACUCGUCCGAGAGCCAGGAGGACGAGGACGUUGAGAUUAAGGGCGAAGACUGGUCUCUCCAAGAUCGCAAAGGUCUAGUUGGUGUUUUCGCUCUCUUCAUCAAUCCGAAGGUGCUCUAUCAGCACGAAAGGGUAUACACUGCACUACUUCACCUCAUGGAGAAUGGUGACGUAGAGGUGCAAAAACUAGCGCUAAAGGCUAUUCUCGCCUGGAAGCAAGAGGGUGUUCGACCUUACCAGGAGAACUUGGAGUAUCUCCUCGAUGAGGCUAGAUUCAAGAACGAAGUCACCGUCUUCCUCCAGGGCGAAUCGACGAUCCGCCCCGAACACCGCGCAGAGCUUAUGCCUGUUCUGCUGCGAUUGCUGUACGGACGGACUAUUUCCAAAAAGGGUAUUUCUAGCGGUCGACAUGGUCUGCAAGCCACUCGUUUGACCGUCCUGAGAAACCUCAGCGUUGAAGAUACGGGUAGCUUCUUGGAUAUCGCGAUUGGUAGUCUCAAAGGAGCGCGCGUUAUCGACGAAUCCGGUCUCCGCACUAACUUGUUUGAUCGUGAGAUUCUUCCUCCUCGCAAGCAAACUGGUUUCAUGAACAUGAUGCUGCCUCUCAUCAAUGAACUCGGCCAGCAUGUUGACCCUUUCGUCGAGAGACUCCUUCAUCCCGUCCUUUACUGUCUCAUCUUUGCCUGCCGCCGGCUUCAGGAAUCUACUACCGCUGAAUCGGACGAAGAGGUUGAGGAAACAAACGAGGCUUCUCAAGAGUCUCUGCUCAAGACUAUCAGGACCGUGGGUGUCAAGUGUCUUAUCACACUGUUCCGCAAUGCGCAAGACUUCAACUGGACGCCCUUCUCUGAACCCAUUGUCAACGAGGUCAUUGCUCCCAGGAUUGAGAAGCUGCCUGUCGAGACUGCUCAGUCGGUCUCAAGCAUCAUGCAGCUUCUGUCGACGUGGUCUCAGCUGCCCAAGGCAGCACUCUUUAUCUCAAUUAACGACCAGAUCUUGCCCAAGGUCAUCGAGUGCGUGUCGGUGCCAAAGGCGAAGGAAAACGUCAAGAUUUUCGCCCUGAGCAUCAUUCGAAAUCUCAUCAAGUUGGCGCAGGCACCUGCUGUGGAAUCCGAGUUCAAUGAGCUCAUCCGCACUGAGCUUCUGGAUGCCAACUUGGAGUUGAUGCUAAAGACUGUCACUACGACGCUGGAGACACAAACCAUGAGCAAUGAGCUGCUCGAGUCUUGUAUCGAAACCAUUGUAGAGCUCUCUCCUCUUGUUGAGACCUCCGCGAAUGUGCGUGAGACGCUCAAAAUUGCCACUUUCCUCCUCAACCAGCCGCCGAGACGAGUCAACCCCAGAGCCAAGGGCAAGAUCCUCCUCAUUCUGGAGCGGUUCAUCACUAUACUUAGCUCCGAGGAAGCGGAAGAGAAGACUGCUGAUAUUGCCAUUUUCGAAACCCUGUCUUCGCUCUUCAGUUACUUCAAAGACAGAGACAACAGGCAGGCCUUGGCCCGAGUUCUCACAGUUCUGGCCGAGAAGGAUAUCACUCUCAAGGAGGUUGCCGAAAUAUGCCGCGAUCUUAAUGCCUUUGCACCGAGCCGCAUUGACGAGCCAGACUAUGACAAGCGACUUGCUGCAUUCAAUCGGAUCACAAAUAAGGAAAUUGCCUUCACUGUCAAGCAGUGGCUUCCUCUGUUGCACAACUUGAUUUACUACAUCCGCUCAGACGAGGAGUAUGGCAUCCUGGCAUCGAACUCUGCAGACUGCUUGCGCAAGUUCAUUAGAGAGGUAGCCGCCUGCUCGGAAGAGACCUCGAAAAGCGGUUUUGAAUCCCACUUAAAGACUAUCCUGUUGCCCUCAAUCUAUACUGGGGCUCGUGAGGAGUCUGCCACCGUCAGAAGAGAGUACCUGAGAGUCUUCGGCUACCUCCUGUCGCAGAUGCCGACAUGGGAGCUUGUCGCGGAUAUGAAGGGGCUUUUGGUCAGUGAUAUGGCAGAAGAGACGUCAGAGUUGCCCUUCUUCUUCAACAUCCUCAGUCCUGCGACUGCACGCCAGCUAGAAGCGAUCAAAUUGCUAAACUCUGUCAACGAUACCUCAGAGUUUGGCAGUCAGAACCUGAGCCAGUUCUUCAUCCCUCUUCUCGAGCACUUCAUCUUCGGUCGCACUGAAGGGAGCGACGAUCAGGGCUUGGGUGCCGAGGCAACUAACGCGAUCGGUAGCUUGGCUCAAUCUUUGGACUGGAAGCAUUAUCGUGUUAUCCUGCAAAGAUACAUCAGCUACGUCGAGUCCAAGCCCAAUAAUCAGAAGCAGGUGAUUCGACUACUUGCCAAGUUCUGCGAUGCCCUCAUCGUAUCAGUUGAAGAGAAGGGUGCCGAGGCGAUGCAGAUUGACGAUUCAGAGACUUCCACACCUACUAGCAAGAGACUUGUACUCACGACUCCCGCCCAAGAAAAGCUCAGCAAGGAUGUCAAUAACCUCUUCCUUCCCCCACUGAUCAAGCACCUACACGAAAAGGAUGAGUCCGAGGUCAGCUACCGUGUACCAGUCGGUGUCAUCAUCGUCAAGCUUCUCAAGCUUCUGCCGUCCGAAGAAAUGGGUCAGAAGCUUGCUGGUGUUCUGACCGACAUUUGCCACAUCCUGCGCAGUAAGUCUUGGGAUGCUCGUGAGAUGGCAAGAGACACUCUUGUGCAAAUCGCUUCGGUCCUUGGCCCGACUUACUUUGGGUUCAUUUUGAAGGAAUUGCGUGGCGCUCUCAAGCGAGGUUACCAACUUCACGUCAUGUCCUAUACCCUCCACUCGAUGCUCCUCAAGGUCAUUCCUCAGUUCCAGCAGGGUGAUCUCGACUACACUCUCCGGUCCAUCGUGGCAAUCGUUAUAGACGACAUCUUUGGCGCUACCGGUCAAGAAAAGGAUGCAGAGGGUUACAUCAGCGAGAUGAAGGAAGUCAAGGCAAGCAAGAGCCAGGAUUCCAUGGAGCUCAUUGCCAAGUCGGCCUCAAUCAGCCAGCUGGUUGUCCUAGUCCACCCCCUGCAGUCUCUCCUUAUGGAAAAGGUGGAUCUCAAGUUGGUUCGCAAAAUCGACACGCUGUUGGCAAGAAUCACCGCCGGUCUCAUGCAGAAUCCAGCCGCAGAGAGCCGCGAUACUCUCAUCUUCUGCUACGAGGUCAUCCAAGAAGUAUACAAGAGCAAGAAGCCAGAGGUGCAACCAAAGAUCGACUUCCGCCUGAAGAAGUAUCUCUACCAGAAGGGAGUAAAGAAGGACAACUCAGGUACCGCUGGUAAAUACACCUUCAAACUCGUCAAGUUCACCUUUGAUAUUCUACGGUCGGUAUGGAAGAAGUACGAGAGCUUGCGCACUGGCGCCAAUAUUGCUGGCUUUGUGCCCAUCCUAGGAGACGCCAUCGUCGGCGAGGAGGACGACGUUAAGGUUGCGGCCUUCAAACUUCUCACCGUACUUGUCAAGGUGCCUUUCAGCAACAACGAGGAUGUUCAGCUUUACAAAGUUGCAGUCAAGGAGGCGACGAAGAGCAUCUCGAUGUCAACCUCGACCACAACCGAUCUUUCACAGGCGGCUCUGAAGUUGCUUUCGGUCGUCCUCCGCGAGCGCAGGGACAUCCCCGUCAAGGACGCAGCUAUAGAUAUGCUCCUCGGUAAGCUCAAGGACGACCUGACGGAGACGCUCUACCGUCACGUCACCUUCAACUUUGUGCGCUCUGUUCUUGAGCGCAAGAUCGAGACGGCUGUUGUCUACGAUACCCUGGACUACGUCGGCACUGUUAUGAUCACAAACGAUGACAAGGAUACUCGUGAUCUGGCGAGAGGCGCAUUCUUCCAAUUCCUCAAGGAUUACCCGCAGAGAAAGGCCCGGUGGGUGAAGCAGCUCAACUUCGUUGUCGCGAACCUGACUUACGCUCGUGAGGGCGGCCGCUUGUCUGUCAUGGAGGUGGUUCAUCUACUUCUCAUGAAGUCUGCGGAUGACUUCGUGCAGGAAGUUAUCUCCACUUGCUUCUUGCCCCUUGUCAUGGUGCUUGCCAACGACGACAGUGAGAAGUGCUGUUUGGCUGCUGGGGAAUUGAUCAAGGAGAUGUUCCGCAAGGCUGAUAAGGAAAGGACACAGAGCUUCAUGACGCUGCUUCGAUCAUGGGUCGAGCAAGAGGAUAACCUUGCGGUGAAAAAGCUGUCGCUGCAAGCUUUCGGGUUCUUCUUCGAGGCCAAGGAACCCACGACCAAGCACAAGAAACAGCUGGAGCUGGUUGUUGGCAAGAUCGGGGAGAUUGUUGGAACAGGUGAUAUCCGCGUUGCCGAUGAAGACCUUGUCAACACUGUCCUCCGCGACCUUCAGGUUCUGACAGAGAAGUAUCCAGCAAGGCUCCUGGCUGCCGAAUCUAAGGAACUCUGGGGAGACGUUCGUGGCUGCCUGGUUCACCCUGAGAACUCAGUUAAACUCAGUGCUACUAAGGUGUUGAGCGCAUUUCUCGCGGACUACGCCGGCAAGUCAAGCAAAGCAGGAGAAAUGCUGCAAGGAUCCCAUGGCCUAAAUCUCGAGCUCGAGGACCUGGAGGAGCUCGUCAGAUUGACGCUCUACGCUUUGCGAACACCAGAGAUCGACGACGCGCUUGCCGAGGAGAUCAAGCAGAUCUUGAUCUUCCUUGGCCCCCGUCUACCCGUCAAGGUGCAAACCGUGCCUGAAGCGGAUACUCUGGGCGACCGCGACGAAGCUGAGGCAGAAGAAGACAGAAUCGACGAGCAUCGCAAGGACCUGCAGUACCUGUUCUGGAAGCUCUCGUCGAUCCUGCGCAAGGACGUCCGACCGAAGUCGACCGCCAUCACACCCAAGACAGUCGCGAUGGAAGUUUUGGAGACGAUUUGCCGUCGGGUUCCCCAGGAACAUCUCGAGCCCUCGUUCAAGACUGUCCUCUACCCCUUGCAGAACCUCACAGAUCCCAAUAUCCCCGUUCCCUAUUCAACAGACGAACUCUUCAAGACCAGACUCGAAGCACUCAAGACUAGAGCGCAGAUCCUCAUGGACUCGCUCCAAAAGAAGUUUGGCACUGCCGAUUACACAAAGCAAUUGCUGUCCAUCAGGGAGGAGGUGCGAACCAGGAGACAGCAGAGGUCGAGCAAGCGCAAGAUCGAAGCGAUUGCGCAGCCGGAGAAGUACGGCCGGGACAAGAGAAAGAAGACGGAGAAGAAGAAGGAGAGGAAGAAGGUCAGAGGCCAAGAGCACAAGCAACUCAGACAGGCGUACAAGGGGUGGUAA